AAUGUGCGGGGCCGCGACCAACGUCAGCCGGACCGAUUCCCUGCGUCUGCCAGUCCCGCCACGGAUUCAUUUGGGAUCCUUAAACAGAGGAGCCCGUGGAGACAAGGGAUCAAGGCAACCGAUUAGAGCCAAUUGCCUGCUGCGGGGACGGCCAGCCCUUCCAGGCCUGGCGACCGCAGAGGGAGGGGAAAGAGGAACUGAGCGCCGCUGCGGGAAGACACUGAAGCAAGAGCGACACCCCCUCCCGCCCCCCACCUCGCAGCUCAGGCUUUGAAAGCUGCUCCCCCAUCUGAAUGGAAACUCGGAACCGUGGGGCAGCGCGUUCCUUCUCGCUCAGCCUUGCAAUCCAUGCCGAGAGGAAGGCUGUGCGAACCCACGCCAGCGUCCAGCUCCCGGGACAGGGCCGGCAAUGCUGCUGAGCAGAACUUGAUCGCGCCUCUUCAUCGCUGCUAGUGGAAGCGAUGCUGCACGGCACAGCCAGCGCUUCCCCUGCUCUCCUUCAAGCUGAAGGUUACCCACCCGCGCAGCCAGCUCCAACCUUGUGAGCUGCGCGCCUCGGGUCCCGACUCCUGCUGCUUGGCCGCGUAGUGCAGGGCAACCACCGGGCCGCCCGCGCCGGGGCGCACUGCACCAGCGGCUUCGGCUUAGUGGAUGUGUAUGCAUGAGUUCUGCACCGAAUGGGCGCAAAAAGCGCCCCAGCCGGUCCACCCGCUCCUCCAUCUUCCAGAUCAGCAAGCCCCCGCUGCAGAGCGGAGAUUGGGAGCGCAGGGGCAGCGGCUCCGAAAGCGCCCACAAAACCCAGCGAGCCCUGGACGACUGCAAGAUGCUUGUCCAAGAGUUCAACACGCAAGUGGCCCUGUACCGAGAGUUGGUCAUUUCUAUUGGGGACGUCUCAGUCAGUUGCCCCUCACUUCGGGCGGAAAUGCACAAGACAAGAACCAAAGGCUGUGAAAUGGCCCGUCAGGCACACCAAAAACUGGCUGCCAUCUCAGGCCCGGAAGAUGGUGAGAUACACCCAGAAAUCUGUCGGCUUUAUAUCCAACUGCAGUGUUGCUUAGAGAUGUACACAACAGAGAUGCUAAAAUCCAUUUGUCUGCUGGGGUCUCUUCAGUUUCACCGAAAAGGAAAGGAACCUGGUGGGGGAAUGAAGAGUUUGGAUUGCAAAAUCGAGGAGAGCGCUGAGACACCUGCCCUAGAGGACUCCUCAGCAUCCCCCAUAGAUAGUCAGCAACAUUCCUGGCAGGUUUCCACAGACAUUGAGAACACUGAAAGAGACAUGCGAGAAAUGAAAAACCUUUUAAGCAAACUCAGGGAAACUAUGCCUUUACCAUUGAAAAAUCAAGAUGACAGCAGCCUUCUGAAUCUAACUCCCUACCCUCUGGUUAGAAGACGGAAGAGAAGGUUCUUUGGGCUGUGUUGUCUUGUCUCAAGCUAGGCAGUUCUUCUUCCUGGAAGCCCACCAUGGAAAACACCUGAAAAAAAAAUCACAAAACCUGAGGACCUCCAGACAGCUGGACCACACAGUGACGGGUUUUUGUCUAUGUUUUCUAUGCUUCCUUAUUACUUUUAUCUGCCUCUCCCUGCCCUUUUAAAUGAUUUUACACUUGAAAGCAGCUGCCUUCAAGAAAAAAAAAAAAAAAGAAAGAAAGAACAGAUUCAAAAAGCAGGCUGUUUUUAAAAGGA